UUAUACUGGAAACUUGCUCAUUACAGAAAAAUUUCAUAAUACCAUCCAAUUACAUUAUAGGCAGGUUUGACUAUAUCUUAUAACAUAAAUACAAUGAAUACAUAAGUCUACAAUUCUCAAUUAGUGAUCAUUGUAGUUGAUUUUUUUUAAAUAUCAUAUCUAUCAACACUAUAAAUUUCAUUAUUUGGUAAGAAUAAGAUAUUACUUUUAUUAGUAACUGUCAUAAAGGAUUGUCUUUAGGAUAAAGUUCAUUUUGACUAGAAUUACGAGAGCAUAGAAUUUGCUUGUCAAAGUAUAAAUUUUAAGUUAUUCAACUAUCAAAUUACAUUCCGAAACCAAGAUCAUUUAAAUUGUAGUGCAUCAAAAGUAAUUCAAAAGUCAAACUACUUAAUUAUUUUUGAGUGCUUGACAGAUUGUUAUUUUAAAUUAAAUGUAGAAAGUAAUAAAUAUUUCCUUAUAAUGGAUUAUUGUAUGAAUUUAGUGCCUGCGUCGAGUGAAGAAAGAGGCGAAGUGUUGGGUGGCGAGAGAUUGAUCUUUUCUCCCAAAGACAUGAUCAGCAUAUCAAUGGAAUAUUGUCCUAUAGGUGUGCUAUUUCCUCAUUUGCAGGGGAAUCAAAUUUCUAACAUUAGUAGCUCACAGAGUCAUCGUCGAUACCUUUAUUGUCCCGGCGCAUUAACUAUAGCCCACUUGAAAAAAUUGAUUCAUGCCAAAUAUAAUCUCCUCCCCAAACAGCAGGUAUCGAGUUGUAUUAAUUAUUCUAAGUUAUUUAAAAUUUAAAU